AUGGCAGAAUGUUCAUUGAAGUCUGUGAAAGAGUUGCCUAAGACAGAAAGAGGUACUUCCGACGCAGCAUUUCACUCUGCCAACGAAAUUGCUGCUGUACGCUGGAAUGAUAAUCGUGUCGUUUCUUUGAUGAGCAAUUUUGAAAAUACAAAAGUAAAAAACAAAGUAGAACACUGGGUCAAGGAAGGCAGAAAAGAAGUCGAUGUGCCAUAUUGUGUCACCACCUAUAACAAAUAUAAAAAUGGAAUAGACCUUUUUGACAGUCAUGCUGAAGUUUAUUUUGCUUCAAUCCAAGGAAAAAAGUGGUAUUGGCCACUUUUCUUGAAUUGCUUUGAAACAGCUCAAAAUUGCAGCCUGGAACCUUUCUAA